CCCACUUCCGGCUCUCUUACCGGCGGUACUAGCUUCUCCCUCGGUCUCCGUAAGCUUGUUGAAGGGUUCCCGGCUGCAUUUCUGCGCGUCCUGUCCCUCACGUUCCCAGUGUCCUCCAGUUACCUUUCCCUUGCAAGUCUCAAGAAACAUAAAAGGAUGCUCCAGUAAGAGCCUAACUCGCAACCGCCUCCAGCUUGGCUCCGCCCCUUCACCGGCCGGUGGAGGCCCGCCCUUCUCAUAGCACCGCCUACGGCCCGUGUCCCGAGCGACUGGCGUGUUCAGCCCUCCCUGGCCCCCUCCUGGCUCCCUCCGUUAGGACUUGCUGGUCUGGGCUUGGCUGAGACCGCUGUUCUGCUGGCCCUCAGCCUGCUUCCCUCAGCUACCACCCGGAACCAUGACGUCUGAGGAGGCGCGGCACCUGCUCUUUCAGUCUCACAUGGCAACAAAAUCUUGUAUGUCCUCCCAGGUAUCUGAUGAUGAAAAGAGAAAAAGAGAAAAUAUUCGUUCUUUGACUAUGUGUGGCCAUGUUGGUUUUGAGAAUUUGCCUGAUCAGCUGGUCAACAGAUCCAUUCAGCAAGGCUUCUGUUUCAAUAUUCUCUGUGUUGGGGAGACUGGAAUUGGAAAAUCAACGCUGAUUGAUACAUUGUUUAAUACUAAUUUUGAAGACCAUGAAUCCUCACAUUUUUACCCACAUGUUAGACUUAAAGCUCAGACAUAUGAACUCCAAGAAAGUAAUGUUCGAUUGAAAUUGACCGUUGUGAAUACAGUGGGAUUUGGUGACCAAAUAAACAAAAAAGAAAGCUACCAACCAAUAGUUGACUACAUAGAUGCUCAGUUUGAGGCCUAUCUCCAAGAAGAACUGAAGAUUAAGCGUUCUCUCUUUAACUACCAUGAUUCUCGUAUCCAUGUGUGCCUCUACUUCAUCUCACCAACAGGCCACUCUCUGAAGACACUUGAUCUCUUAACCAUGAAGAGCCUUGACAGCAAGGUGAACAUUAUACCAGUGAUUGCCAAAGCAGAUGCAAUUUCUAAAACUGAAUUACAGAAGUUUAAGAUCAAGCUCAUGAGUGAACUGGUCAGCAAUGGUGUGCACAUAUACCAGUUCCCAACAGAUGAUGAAACUGUUGCUAAAAUCAAUGCUUCAAUGAAUGGACAGUUGCCAUUUGCUGUUGUAGGAAGUAUGGAUGAGGUAAAAAUUGGAAAUAAGAUGGUCAAAGCUCGCCAGUACCCUUGGGGUAUAGUACAAGUGGAGAAUGAAAACCACUGUGACUUUGUGAAGCUCCGGGAAAUGCUCAUUUGCACAAAUAUGGAGGACCUGCGAGAACAGACCCACUCUAGGCACUACGAACUGUACAGGCGCUGCAAACUGGAGGAGAUGGGCUUUACUGAUGUGGGCCCAGAGAGUAAGCCGCUCAGUCUUCAAGAGACCUACGAAGCCAAAAGACACGAGUUUUAUGGGGAACUCCACAGGAAGGAAGAAGAGAUGAAGCAGAUGUUUGUGCAGCGAGUAAAGGAGAAAGAAGCCAUACUAAAAGAAGCUGAAAGAGAGUUACAGGCCAAAUUUGAUCACCUCACAAGAGUCCACCAAGAAGAGAGAAUGAAACUUGAAGAAAAGAGAAGACUUUUGGAAGAAGAAAUAAUCUCUUUCUCUAAAAAGAAAGCUACCUCUGAGAUAUACCAGAACCAGACCUUUAUGGCGAUGGGCAGCAACUUGAAGAAAGACAAAGACCGUAAAAACUCCAAUUUUAUGUAAAACAAAUGUUACAGAUCACAGAAGGUCUUCACAAGCAAAGUUAUUAAAAUGUUAGAAGUAUACUGUGAUUUUUCUUGCUUAUUUUAUUUGCUCUAUCUGGCAAGUGGCCAGAGUUACUGCCAUUUAUGGAAAAAUACUUUAAGUACAAGGUCAAUAUAUAAGCCAGAAUGGAUGAUAGAACUUACAUAUUCACUGUUAGAAGUUUUUAAGUUGCUGGUUUGUGAUAAAUGUAGGUCCCUGCUACUGAUUUGUGGUCACUUUGCAGAGCAUACUACCACAGAGCAGUGUCAGUACUAUUGAAAAUACUGAACUUCUCCAUGUUAAUAUGGCUGUCUGAUUGCAUUCAUGUUCCAAGAUGAACCUUUUUCUUAUACAUACUAAAGGUAAAAUUUGGGGAAUAUGUUUUAAAAUGUAUUAUGUACCUGAAAGUCUAACCUCUUAAUAGUUUUAUAGAACUUUUAAUUUUUGAUAUAAUUAUCUAGUUGGUAACAUGAUGCUAAGAUUUUUGUAUCAAAUUUUAUAUAACAUGACAGUCUUCUGUGCUUCAGCAUGCCUUCUUGUGAUUGAUGUAUUUUUGUGGUGAAAAAAAAAUAUGUUUAAAAGUAAAUGCAUCCAAGUAUAUAAACCCUUUUUCUAGUGAUAAGUACUUUUGAACAUGGGUGUUAUGCCAGUGUUUUCUUUGGGAUGUGUUAUAUAUUCUUGCUUAGAACUCAGUCUUCCAGGGGAAAAAUAAUAAGAUCGAAUUAUCUUACUAAAACUUUUGCUUAACAAAUAGCAAUGAACAUCUGAAUACAAAGAUAUAAAAAUUUAGAUAAUUCAUAUCAAAAAGGAUAAUUGAAUUCAGUGCCUUAGUAGUACUCUCAGAACAAUUAACUUUUUUAAACAGUCAUAGGUAUACAAUUUUUUGUUUUUGCACUUAAAUAUUCUAAGUAAAGCUGACAAAAUAUACCUACACGUUUACUAAAAUGUGUUUAAGUUACAUUAACUUUUUAUUUACAAACUAUCAUCUUAACAUUUUAUCAAAAUUAGUUCAUUUAAUAUGUUUGAAUUAUUUUAAAACAGGUACAUUACCAUUAUUUUUCAGUUUUUAACUUAGCCUAUGUUAGAUUCUAAACAGCAUUUUGUUUUGUUUUUUUAUGAAGUUGUGUAUAUUGCAAAUAAAACCUUUUGUUUUCUAGUACAAUUUAUCUGGACAAAUAAUUUACUUUCCAUCUUUACAUUUGAAAUAACACAAAUGCCACUUUGUCUUUUUAAACUGUAGUAAAAUAAGUUAUAAGUAUCACAGAGAAAGCUAUGCACUUUCUUCUCAGAAUCAGUAAUGCCCAGGUUCUAGAAGGUGAGGGCAGGAGAGCUGGUGAGCCCCUGAGGGCAGGUAGCCUGUUGUGCAGAGCCCAGCCAAUGCCAUAGCAUUGAGCAUUAGCAAGGAGAGUCAUCCAGGAAGCUCAGUGGCGUAAUGGCAGUGGUGGUUAUUUGUAGGCAUCAAACUCUGUACAGAACAGCUGUCCUAAAGUUUAAUAAAGUUACUUUUAAUGUCA